GCAGCGCGAGCAGCUGUCCGUCGCUGGAAACGCGCGCACGCAGCCCCUGCUUUGACAGCGAUGAACUGCAUUGAUUUUUUUUAAUGGAAUAGUUUCCUGUGAAACGAUUGAUGGCGCUUCUGUUGUGGUAGCCGAAAAGGUGUCAGAACGGCGCGAGUGAUGAGUGAAAGAUCCAAGCCAUUUUGAAAUUGCGGAAAUAAUGCAAUAACGAGAAAAUCAUUUGAAUUAAAGGGAGUUGGAUGAGAAGUGGAAGUGGUCGAUUGCUCUGGCUGGAAGCAGGACGCAUUUUGAACUCAUGUUGAUCUGGGAAGGAGACCGUUGUUCGUUCUCGCGCUGAAGGAGAAACGACCAGUAAUCGCACAUGAGUCGGUUCACUUGUUUCAUUCGGUAACGGAAUUCCUGCUCGAGCUUUUCCUCGGCUGGGCCGUUCAGAUGCCAAAGCGACAUCCGCGCCGAGCACCGAGCCAGCGGAUUUGAACAGGCUAAUCACUCAAUAACACCGGACAUUACUUUUAAAGGGAGACGAUGCCCUUCCACCAUGUGACUGCAGGCCUGCUGUAUAAGGGGAACUAUCUGAGCCGCUCUCUGUCUGAGCAAAGCGACAGUGACCAGCUUGCUAACAUCUCUGUGGAGGAACUAGAUGAGAUCCGAGAGGCGUUCAGGGUGCUGGACCGCGAUGGGAACGGCUUCAUCUCCAAGCAGGAGCUGGGCAUGGCCAUGCGCUCACUGGGGUACAUGCCCAGCGAGGUGGAGCUGGCCAUCAUCAUGCAGAGACUCGACAUGGAUGGAGAUGGACAGGUGGAUUUUGAUGAGUUCAUGACUAUACUGGGGCCCAAACUGUUGUCCUCUGAAACACGGGAAGGCUUCCUUGGACAAACGAUAGACAGCAUAUUCUGGCAGUUCGACAUGCAGCGGAUGACCCUGGAGGAGCUGAAGCACAUCCUCUUCCAUGCCUUCCGUGACCACCUCACGAUGAAGGACAUAGAAAACAUUAUCAUCAAUGAGGAGGAGAGCCUCAACGAGAACGCAGACAACUGCCAGACCGAGUUUGAAGGAGUCCAUCCUAAAAAGAAAAACCGACAGACGUGUGUGCGCAAGAGCCUCAUCUGUGCUUUCGCCAUGGCCUUCAUCAUCAGUGUCAUGCUCAUCGCAGCCAAUCAGAUGCUGCGUAACGGCAUGGAGUAGUGGCACCACUGUGAGUGGGGCAGGGGGCGGAGCCUGCAUGUGCAUGUCCAUCAGUGACGUCAUUUCUUUCUUGCCUAAGAAGACGCAGAUAAAACUCGCAACGACCUCCAAUCGAAGGAAACCAAACACCUUGCUGAGAGCAGGGGAGUCUCUUCCUCCUGCUCUGUUGUUUUAACCUUGUUGUCUUGAGUGACAGCCAGCAGGGGGUGCUGUUUCGCCCAGCCCCCUCUCCACCUCACUAGCAGGGACUUCAAAGGGCUCGUGUUUCGUACCAUGUCCCACCCCUCUCCUGCGCCACCCACGGCUCCCCACACGCAAUAACUGGACGGGAGUCAGAAAACACCUCGCUGCCUCUGGCAAGGCUCAGGUCCCCGACAAAGAACUGCUCCACAGGGAAGGAGUAACCAGGAGCUCCUCGCCUGCCCGGCAUAGCAUAGAAGAAAGCCGCUCUGUCUGACCCAGAGCCCGCUGGAGGAGUCUGACCCAGAGCCUGCUGGGGGAGCCGCUCUGUCCCAAAUGUCCCAACUCAUUACUGAUGCAGGUUUCUGUCCCCCCAGUAUGUUGAAGAUGCCUCGUCAUCAUUCUAACUCUUUGUCCUUUAUGUCUUUUAUGUCUUUUAGGCAGAAGAGAGCAGUUUUUUGGUGAUAGUAUGAAUACUAGUGUUCAUUUCGUAGUGUGUACUUUAGUGAGGAUACUAUAGCGUUCAUACUGUAGCACACAACUCAGUGCUCAUACAGUAGUGUUGUGUUUAAGACUCGGGCAUUAGGAGCUCCUACAGCCGAGGUAGCUGGGACUGCCCUGAUGGAAAGGUCUGUGUGAAGGUCUUUAGCUCUUAGUCUGGACACUGCAGUGGUUUUCACUUCAUCCCUCCAUGCCUACAGAUCAGAGAGUCUCCGCGCCACCUUCUGAGCUAUGGGGGGGGAUGACCCCCUUUCCCUCUCCUUCUGCACAGCAAACCACAGCAACCAUCUCAGUGACCUUAGGAGGUCAUCAGCGCACUAGUGUGCACUAACGUCCGCGUCUUAUCCAGCUGCACAUGACCUCCGUUUGUCUGGUUUUUCAGUGACCUUUCUACGGGCCGCGCGUAUUUGGCGGCGUUCCGCUCCCGUGUAUCGUCAGCAUCCAGGGAGAUGGACAGACCUGCUCUUGGCUUGAUGGAGCUCAGCUGGUUUGCCAUUUGACGAGUGUUCACUCUGCUCUUGGCUCCUGUACAAGAAUCCCAUGCCAUUUUUCUCACCUUGCUGUUUCUGCUUUUUUGUCAGAUGCAUGUGAUCGCGUAGAGCUGCGUAAAUACCAGUCCCCUGUGCUCUCCUGUAUUAGGCAAUCUGUGUACAUGCAUGACAGUCAACACGCUGGGACCUUCUGCACACGUCUGCAGGUGUGGACGGGGUUGCGGUACCCCAAACCUGUUUGCCAGCUCUCGGCUCCCUCUGCAGUCUGACUCCGUCUGACUAAAGCCAUAUUAGUUAGUUUUCUACUCCUUAAACAGUGAGAACUGUCAUUUGAGUGGAGAGAGACACACUUACUCUUUUGCACUGAAAUGCUGAUCCUCAUGUAUUGAGAACGGGAGAGGCAGAAUUCAGAAUCCACACCUGUACACUGGCUCCACCUGGUGCUGGAUGCAUGAACUGAUUGUUAUUUAUGAUCAUGGCCCUCAUGUUGUCUGUGUCUACACUGGAUUAUAACAUUAGCUUGUAGCAUUUGAUUAUAUAAAGACCACGGGAGAGGAAACAUGGCACUGUAAUAUAUGUGUUUGCACAAGUAGAAUAUUUUAAUUAACACAAAAUUAAUGAUAUUUUUCUUCAGUUUUCAUUUGUUGAUGAAUGAGGUCCAAAAGUGUAGUGAGUUUGCAGGCAUUUAUAACUGGAUUAUUAAAAGUCAAGAUGAAAAACUGAACCAAACCUUCUAAAUAAUAAUAAUAAUAAUAAUAAUAAUAAUAAUAAUAAUAAUAACAGAAUGUGAUGAGAUCCCAAGGGAAAUAUGUUAUGUUUGUGGAGUAGCAGUUUGUGGUUCAAUGACUUCUUUGUAAGUACAUUUCUGGAAUUAUUAUACUUACCAAAAUUCUCUCUCUCUUAUAUACACAGAGCUCGUACACACAGAUACCCCAACCGAUGUUUGCAUGCAAAAUAUCUGUCAUAGAGAUGACACAAAUUGUUAUAAGAUGCUCUAGCUGGUACUGUAAAUAUUAAACCUGUAUAGUAUAAAUGCAUAAC